CCACUGAUUUCAUUUUAAUCGCGUUCAUUCAGCAGAGAGAUGAAAAAGAUUAUCAUGAGGAGGGAUCAGUGUGUUUGAUUUCCCUCUUCCACCGCAGACAGGGCUGGGGAUGGAAUAAUUCUGUCUCCCGAGCACGAAAAACUGGCAAACGCCAGGCCUGAAGGCCACACACUGAACAAUGAGAAGAAACCAAACAAUUGAAGGGCAGCUUUCUCCAGCUGCUUCUCCCAUGCAGCUCGGGAUUCCUGGGCGAGGAGAGCGCAGAACUGGAGGUCUCCACUGGACAGAACCAGGAAUGCUUCCUGCGCGCCGCACAAACCUCCUUUUGUUCGCCACCUCCGGCAGGAAGCUCCAGGGAACAGCCCCAGGAGACGCGGGCACAGCUGGGCACCCAAUCCCCAGGGGCGCUGCGGGAACAAAGGCCGGGUUUCAGCGCCCCGAGGCAGAAUUCCCGGCCGGCACCCUGCGAGCUCCCGCUCCCGGGACGGCCUCUCCGGGAGCCGCUCCCGCCCCGCCCCGCAUCGGCGCUCGGCUGCGCGGGCCUCGCUCGCUGCGCUCGGCGCUCGGCCGGGGGCGGGGCGCCCCGCGCCCCCGCCGCUUCCCCCGCCGCGGCCCCGCCGGCCAUGUCGCGGGGCUCCCGCCUGGCGCUGGCCGUCUCCGCGCUGCUCUCCGCCGCCGUCGUGGCGGCCGUGCACAUCCAGCAGCGCCGGGAGCUGGAGAGGCUGCGAAGCGGCGUUGUCAGAGAUCUUGAGCGGCAGAGGCAGAAAAAGGAGAACGUUCGCCUGUUAGAAGAGCAGAUUGCUCUGACAAAGCAGCUCACUGAAGAGAGAGACAAGGCGCUGAUGGAAAAACGCUCCCAGCAGUCCUAGGCUCGGCCUGCCUCCUUAGGGGUUUGAUUAAAGACG